GUCUUUGUAUCGACUGAAAAUGUUUGAAAACGAAACAGUUUUUCCGGGCAGUGGGAUUAGGGAGGAGAAUGAUUCGGCUUGCAACGAUUCAAGAGGGAUCGCCGAGUACUUGAAACUGGAAGAACCCUCGCGAAGGGAUCCUCUCUACAUCGUCAUACCGAUAACGAUAAUCUACGUGACAAUAUUCCUCACCGGAGUCGUCGGCAACAUCUCGACCUGCGUGGUAAUAGCGAGAAACAAGUCGAUGCACACCGCGACCAAUUACUACCUCUUCAGCCUGGCGAUAUCGGAUCUGCUGCUUCUGGUCUCUGGUUUACCUCCAGAGAUGUACUACAUCUGGUCCCAGUUCCCGUACGUUUUCGGUGAGAUAUUCUGCGCGAUACAGAGCUUCGCGGCGGAGACGUCGGCCAACGCGACCGUCCUAACGAUCACCGCCUUCACCGUCGAACGAUACGUCGCCAUUUGUCACCCCUUCGUCUCUCACACAAUGUCCAAGCUCUCGAGAGCUGUCAAGUUCGUUGUGGCGAUCUGGCUCUUCGCCCUCGGCUUGGCUGUGCCACAAGCCAUUCAGUUCGGCAUCGUUUACGGCGAAGACGAGAACGGCACCACCGUAGAGGAAACCGCGAGGUGCACCGUCAAGUGGGUGAUCCUAGAACAUGCCUUCGAAAUAUCAACCAUGCUGUUCUUCGUCGUCCCGAUGACCAUCAUCACCGUCCUCUACGUACUCAUCGGCGUCAAGCUCAGACGAUCGCGGCUUUUGACAGCCGUCAAGAGGACAUCGAUAUCCAACAGCAUAAACAACGGCGAAAGUGUCAGAGGCAAAACGGCCGCUCAACGGAACGUCAUACGAAUGCUGGUGGCAGUCGUCGUCGCUUUUUUCAUCUGCUGGGCGCCUUUCCACGCGCAAAGGCUGCUGGCUGUUUACGCCCAAGGUGCGAGCCAGGAGGAACAUCAUCCCGUUUUAGUCACUGUCUACACAACCCUAACCUACGUUUCGGGGAUAUUCUACUAUCUCUCGACGACGAUUAAUCCACUCCUAUACAACAUCAUGUCCAACAAGUUUCGAGAAGCGUUUAAGACGAUGCUGUCCCAGCAUUGCGGCCGAAGAAAAUCUCAGUGGAAAAGCAGCCCGCGAAGACCAACUUACAGUGCAUUGUCACGUCGUGCGACGCGAGUCUGCGAUUAUCGACACUGUGAUGCGAAUUAUCGGCAGUCAGGAUCGGUUUCCGUAAGCGAGGAGGUGCAACGACCAGCGUUGCAACACCAGGUAGCCUUAGACGUGGCUGAUGGCGGAGUCGAGGGGAUUUUCAAAAGAGAAACUGUCGAACUGGGGGUAGAAGGAUCCCCGGAAAGGAUGACGGGGAAUUCAAAGGAGUCGAAAGGAGUGUUCCGCAACGAUAUUAAAAAAAGUAUCUCCAGAGGAUCCUCGGAUUCUAGUCAAGUCACGAUGACCACGUCGGUCAGCAAGAAGCUCUGCAACGAGGGCAACAACAACGCGGCCUUCAAUUUCGAGCAUCGUGUUCCACAGGAACACUCGAUGGAAACGAAUCCGCGAUCUCAGAAAACCGUGGUUCUUGGUAUUCUGGCGGACAGACUACGGUUCGGAACGAGAGGAUUGUUCGCCUCGGAUGUGAAGAACACCAGGCCUAAAGUGAGACCGGAAGUUGCUAGCGCGCCACCCAGGUUGAGGAGCGAGGCGAGCAUAGAGAGCGCGAACACGAUAAGUAAUUCCAGUCUGCAGGAUCUGGACGAGACGGAAUUCACCGGUUCGGAACUCGCCCGAUACAUGGGGGAGGUGAACUUUGACCUGAUCACUUGACGAUCAGCCAAGCAUUCCAAAGCGACAACGUCGUCCUUGCGGAGAUUCUCACUCAGGGAUUAAAGCGAAAUUCAUCCGCCGUGAAAUUGGAUAUACUGGACUCCGUAGCCGCGAGUUGUUUCAAGAGGUGGAAAAUUAUUUGAGCCCGAUCCGCGACAACGGUGGUCAGUUCGUGAAAACGGAUAGAGACCGGGGGAAAGUGCGGAAUCCGGUUUCGGUUUAUUGGAGUUUCGCGCGUCAUUCGAUGCGUGUAAAGUCCGGCUGAUUGAUGCUCGUCUAAUUAAAUUUCACGCCAAGUUUAUCGAGAGAGCAGAAGGAAACCGAUACCGAUAUAAUAUCCAGAUGUGCUAUAUAUCGUUCAGAUUGAAAGCAAAAUGAAGAAGUGGUUAAAUCGAGCAGCAAGAUGGUACAAGAAAAGUGUGGGG